CAUACAUUUAUUUAGCCCGAUCAAUCACACCCAGCUGCGAUAAGACACGCAGUAAUCUGAUAAAUAGAGAGAGACUGGAGAGAAGGCAUCUCAGUCUUUUUUAUUAUCAAACCUCAUUAAUUCUGAACAAAAAACAAACAUAUUAAUAUAAAUUGGAAUUCCUCUCUUUCAUGCAUUCGCCAGAGGGGAAACAUCCCCCAGAAUGAAGGAAGACUCAUUCUCCCCACCCACAGCGCCUAAUUUCCAAUUUCCAAUUUCCACUUAUCAUCUUCAUCAUCUCCAUCAUCCUAUCCAGCAGCCCCCGCCGCGCUUCCAGCAAUAAAGGCCGUGGAAGAGCCCCAAACAUCUCCUCUCUCCAUUCCGCGAAGUGACAUCCCCACCGCCCAACUAUGGCAACGGAUGUAUCACACGCAACGACCGCGGUAGUGACAGAGGAAUCUAAGCCGGCCCGGACGCGCCCAGGUCCUUCGAGCUCGACGGCGACGACGACGAGAAGGACCUCCCGCGCCAUAGAGAAGUGGUGGCACGUUCAUUUUUUCCGGGGCAUGAUUGGCGAUGUCAAGAGGCGGGCGCCGUACUAUGCGAGCGACUGGAAGGAUGCGUGGGAUUACCGUGUGGUGCCGGCGACGGUGUAUAUGUAUUUUGCAAAGUAUGGCCCAGAGAAUAUGAAUUUUCUUUCUUUUUUCUUUUGGCUUCUUCCUUUGCCUGAUGAUUUCUGUUCCGCAUUUUCCUGCUCUUUCUUCCCUCCUUGUCAUUCCCUGCCUUCUACUUUUGCCCUGCCAUCAUGUGUUUUCAAUUCGAAACUCCUCGAAGGAAAAAGGGGGGAAUGAAGAAGGAAUCAUGGCUAUUCGUUGCCCAUGAUAUUGCCGAACUGUCCAGUGAGAGGGACAAACAACAAUGAGAAGAAAAUGGAGAAAAUGGAGCAGUGCGCCCAAAUGCAGAGCUUCUAAACAGCCUCCACAGAUACACACGAUGUUGGUAACGAUAGGAAUACUUACUGUACCUGCAGCAUCUUGCCCGCUCUUGCAUUUUCCUUGGACAUGUUCGAACAAACAGACAUGAGCUACGGAGUCAACGAGGUGUUGUUGGCCUCGGUGCUGGGUGCAGUCGUCUUCGCUUUGCUUGCAGGCCAGCCCUUGGUUAUUGUUGGAGUGACAGGCCCAAUCACCGUCUUUAACUAUACCGUUUAUGAUAUCAUGUCCCCAACAGGCACCAACUACCUGGGCUUCAUGUGCUGGAUUGGAAUAUGGGCAAUGAUAAUGCAUUGGAUCCUUGCAAUUACCAACUCCUGCAACGCUCUGACAUAUGUCACCCGUUUCUCCUGUGACAUUUUCGGAUUCUACGUCGCAUUCAUCUACCUGCAGAAGGGGAUCCAGGUCCUCACGCGCCAGUGGCGCAAAUCCGGCGAAGCCUCAGCCUACCUUUCCAUCAUGGUCUCUCUUCUUGUGCUCAUGUGCGCCUACAUCUGUGGCGCGGUCGGGGAAAGCAAUUUCUUCCAGCGAUAUAUCCGAAAAUUCAUCGAGGACUACGGUACACCGCUCACGAUUGUGUUCUUCACGGGAUUUGUACACAUAGGCCAUAUGAAAAACGUACCCAUUGAAACGCUGCCCACCACCAAGGCUUUCUUCCCGACUCUCGACCGCAGCUGGCUUGUUAAUUUCUGGGAUAUGGACGUCGGGGACAUAUUCCUUGCAAUACCUUUCGCCGUGCUGUUGACAAUCCUUUUUUACUUUGAUCAUAAUGUCUCAUCCCUGAUAGCUCAGGGAACGGAGUUUCCGCUCCGAAAACCCGCUGGAUUCCACUGGGAUAUCUUCCUCCUCGGUUUAACGACUGGCGUGGCCGGAAUCCUUGGCAUCCCUUUCCCCAACGGCUUGAUCCCCCAGGCACCCUUCCACACCGCUGCGCUGUGCGUAACCCGCCAGGUCGCCGACGAAGACGAAACGAAUAAGGGCAAAACCGUGCGCGUCAUCGACCACGUCGUCGAGCAGCGAUUCAGCAACCUGGCACAGGGUCUGCUGACGCUGGGUACCAUGAGCGGGCCGCUCCUCGUCGUCCUUCAUCUCAUCCCGCAGGGAGUAAUGGCGGGCCUCUUCUUCAUCAUGGGCGUCCAAGCCCUUCUCGGCAACGGCGUGACGCAGAAGCUAAAAUUCCUCGCCCAGGACAGGAAAUUCACCCCAGCAUCCGACCCGCUCAAGCGCGUUGAGCGGAAACUGGCCAUCUGGGCGUUCGUGGGGAUUGAGCUUGUCGGCUUCGGCGCAACCUUCGCCAUCACGCAGACGAUCGCCGCCAUCGGGUUCCCCGUGUUCAUCCUCAUCCUCAUCCCCGUCCGGACAUUCUUGCUUCCCCGCUGGUUUACGCAGGCGGAACUCGCUGCCCUCGAUGCGCCCACGGCCAGCCCCUUUACCAUGGAGAAUGUGGGUGGAACGCACGGGUAUGGAGACAGUGAUGUAACGGUUACUCCUGCGUCCGAGCAGGGUGGUGGCUUGUUCAAGUCUUCGGAUUCUACGGUUGAGGAUGAGCUUGAGAGGGGGGAGUCGUAUGCGCUGCAGGCCAGGUCUGCCAUGCGCCGGGGCGAGUCGAGGUGAGAAUUAGUGUGUUGUGCUGUGUUUUUUUCCCCUUUCGAUGUGCGUAACUACAUAUAUUUUCGUUUGUUAUCAGCGGCCUCUACUGUGGAUGAUGGAUGUUGCAUGCAGAUGGCUAUGCUACACUAGAUGUAUACCACCGGGUUGGGUAACUUGAAUUUUUAACAUGCCGCGUGCCGCGCGAAGGGCUGGCGGGGAAAGACGGGGGUUUAUCUUUGUGCGAUGGAAAUUAGGCCUGAUUUCUUCUCUCUUUUGUGAGAUAACGAUUUGUGGCCAAGGAAAGAGAUGAUUUAAUUUUGCAGAUAGAGCGUGGGAUGGAUACAUUGAUGGCGUCACUUUUCUUUUCCUUUUAGUCCCUUUACUUCCGGCCGUUUGUUUGUUUGUUUUUUCUUUUUUUCUUUUUUUCUU